CAUGCCAGCCGCCGCCUCUCCACUCCUGCCGCCGGUGCUCCAACUUGGCGGGUGAGCCCUUCCUCGACACGCAGAUGAGAAGUGAGAGCCCAACAGCUUCCAAAAGUGUCUUCACUGGUUAAUGCCUCAAAGGGCUGGAGAUGCUGACAGUCCCAGCAGCGACACCUGGGAGUCAUUGCCCUGACCUCCACUGCCUCCCAGCAACCCUGCUGGGUCCCCAUACAGGAAAGCGAAGAAGUCUCUGGAUCUCCCCACCACCACCGCUGCCAGCAGCAUGGAAAGCGUGCGUGAGCUCCAAAACCCGCUCUUGGCCAAAUCCAACGGCCACCUUCGCAGCAGCUAUUCUUACCACCAGCAUCACAGCCAGGACUACCCCAGUCAUCGCUGCCAAGGGAAACUGUAUUCCUACAUAUUCCAAAACACUGGUGGUGCCAGGACUCACCAGCUGCUGGAUGCCAGUUCCCUGCAGCUGGCUGUUGAAGCUUUGUACGGCCCCAGUUUCAUCCUUGUGAAGGAUGAGACUGCUCUCAAGGCCAAGGACAGCAAGAUGGAAAGCUGCGAGACCACUUUUACAGAAAGCAAAGAGUCUUCAUCUGAAGCUCCUGAAGGGCAAGAGGCACAAGGGUCCUGCCUGGUAGAGAGUGACAUCUGUAUCCAAACUGUUUCCUAUGAGGUGGAGGAAGAGGAGCUCCAGGAGUAUGAGAGUGACUCCUCCAGCGACAGCGAAAGCGAGGAUCAUUUCCUGAUGCUUCCCCCCCGGGACCACUUGGGCUUGGCCCUUUUCUCGAUGCUGUGUUGCUUCUGGCCCCUGGGGAUUGCUGCCUUCUACUUCUCCCAAGGGACCAGCAAGGCUGUCUCCAAAGGAGAUUUUCAUCUGGCCAGUUCAGCUUCCCGCCGAGCUCUCUUCCUUGCCGCGCUCUCCAUAACCAUUGGCACAGGAGUGUACAUCGGGGUGGUGGUAGCACUGAUUGCUUAUCUCUCGAAAGGGGGCCACGUGUAGCUGCCACCUGCAUGUCACUGCCAUCCCUGGCUGCUGACCCUUCUGGGACUGAGCUUUCCUGCGGAGCACAGAGCACCAGUGCCUGCGAGGGCUGCUUGCACAGCAAGCAAGGGCCCCAGCAUGGAUGUCCUGUGCAGGUUUCUUCCUCUUUCAGACAAACAGUAGACCCCUGUUCUCCCUGAGGCUGUGACAUGUGACCAUCUGACAACAGGGAAUUGAGCACCAGCCUGGCUGCUGGGAAAAGGAGGAGCACAUUUGCCUGGUAGAAGAUGUGCAGGAGAGAAACCACACGCUGCUGCUGGGCUGGUGCAACAACCCCAGUCUGGGGCUACAGCUUCCCUUCUCAGCCCCACAGCUGGGAGAUCCAUCACUUGCCCAGGCUUGGCCCAUGAAGGGUACACACAGGGAGAAGAGGGAAUAUGGUGCCAGGGAAUGACUGCUGCUGCUUCUGGGAGGCCAGAGUCCUGGUGGGGUCACCAGACUCCUGUGAUGGGGACAACAUUCUCACUUCAGUGCCAUGGGGUGGCCUGACCCCUCAGCUGCAGUGAAGUAGGAGGACAGAGCAUGGACAAGACCAACAAGCAUGCUCUCUACAUCCCUCUGCAGACAGACCCCUGAUCCACAGGAGAACAUCCCAGUUGCUGCUCUAUCCCAAAUCAGAAACAUAGGAGGAAGACAGGCUGGUGGUUGCACACCAUCUCUCCCAUUGUUGGUGCAAGCUGGUAGAGACAGCAAGGUUUUCUCUGUGCUAAUAGUGACUGCCAUGAUGAUCCCAAGUCAGAGCCCUCGUAAGAUUGCCGUCCCAGAGUGCUGGGCCCCCAAAAGAUUUGUAAUGGAAAUCUCUACCUAAGAAGUGUCCUGGGAGGGGUGCUGGUCUUGAAGGAUUCCACUCCUUGUGCUAGGUCAGGGCCCUGCACACAAAGAGAGAUGGAAAGAAAAGGCUGACAAACCCUGCAGAAUUUGGGGUGGGAGUGCUGUUUGUGAGGGGAUGAGAUCCAGAGAACGAAGAGACGUGGAAGGAGCCUGAGACACAGGGUGACCUCAACACACUCCUUCCCGUGCCUUGGAGAGAGGUAUUUCCAUUCAUCCAAAAGCCUCUGGUAACAAGGAAAUACCAAGCAGCCCCCCUCAUACAUCUUACUUUUGCUUAUUUGUAUAUUUUCAGCAAUACAUUAAAUGCUUCAGAAGUGGGUAUAAAGGCAAUGGUUGCCCCAAAGAGCUGGCGUAAAGAAGCCCUGCCUUACCCCCCACUCUCCAGCAUCCGCCUUUAACCAUCCCUCCUCUCUCUGGCUCUCCUGUUGCCUCUUUUCCCUAUGUGCAGGAGACUGCAGGCAGACUCUGGGCAUCCCUCACCCCUUCCCAGAGUUUCUGGACAGGCUGCAGCCAGCUUUGCAAGAGAUGCAGCAUGUUCCUUCAGCUGGGUGCCAUGCAAAUGUACAUUUCAUCCUAAAGAAGCAUGUUAAUGUCUGCGAUUGCCAUUGUACUUGAGCCAUAAAAGAGAGAAGUGCAUCAGAGACAUGUACAGAACCUGGUCUGAAAGUUACCAUUAUGUUUUUUAACAUGGAAGAACUAAUAAAAAAAGCAGGAGAAAA